AUGGUAAAUACUAUUAGUAAAGAAUUAGCUGAGCAUGUUAUCAAUGGAGGAUUCAUUGACUGUAAGGAUAUCCAUGAUCACUCUUGCGCCUGGCAAGCCGUUGAGAAAUUCUUCACAGUAAUGAAAAUCGCUUCCAAGUUCUAUCUACCCAUUCACUGUAUCCCAGUUCUCAUUUUCAAAAGAAAGAAGCUAAUGGAAUAACCAUUGCAGGUCGUAAAGCAAACUGGAAUGAAUGUGCUUAGAUCAUGCCUCUUCAUGAGUUGCUACAUUGCAAUCUUCAGAUACCUUACAUGCUUCUUCAAAAAUUACAGAAGAAAGAUUGAUAGAACGAACAUCAUCUUGGCAGGAUUCAUUUGCACUUUUGCCAUUUUAUUUGAACCCUCUCACAGAAGAACAGAAUUGGCACUCUAUCUUAUUCCCAGAUUCCUAGAAGCUUUCUGGGCUUUCUUAGAGAAGAGGGGUCUAGUCCAUUCAGUACAAUAUGGAGAGGUACUGAUCUUUGCUCUAGCUAUGGGAAUCAUCAUGUAUUGCUACCAGAAUGAAGAAAAGAGUAUUAAGUCUACCUAUUUGUCAAUGUUCAAAAGAUUCUGGGGAGUCAACUGA